CCUUUUCACUCAUCAAACACUUGCACUUGCAAACAAGUACUAGUUAGUUCCCUUUACAAUUUUACAUUCAUUUCUAGCUUCACUGCCCGAUAGCACUACAAAGAUGAAGCAACAAUAUUUCUUCUCAUUUUCACUUGUCAUUCUCUUCCUUCAUUGCACCAACAUUCUGGCUCAGAUUCCGGCCGCUGCGCCAGCACAAGGACCAGUAGCUGCAUCUCCACCAGCACCUCCAGUCACAUCACAGCCACCAGCCGCAUCACCAGCACAGCCAUCUUCAGUACCUGCCCCUACCAACGUCACUAAAAUACUUGAAAAGGCAGGCCAUUUCACGGUCUUCAUCCGCCUUCUGAAAUCCACACAAGAGGAAAAUCACUUGCUCACUGUCCUCAAUAACUCAAACAAUGGUCUAACCAUUUUCGCACCAACUGAUGGAGCGUUUUCGACCCUCAAAUCAGGCACUCUCAACAGCCUAACCGAAGAACAGAAGUCCGAAUUGGUGAAGUUUCACGUAGUCCCAUCCUUCCUGUCAACUUCCCAGUUUCAAACUGUGAGUAACCCAGUAGGAACGGAAGCUGGAGCUGGUGGCAGAGUAGCAUUAAACUUCACAGCCUUUCCCAAUUCAGUAAUCAUCACAACAGGACUUACAAAUACAAGCAUUUCUGGCACUGUAUACUCAGACAAUCAACUUGCUGUUUAUCGGGUCGAUAAGGUACUUCUCCCAAUGGACAUUUUCACUCCUAACGCUCCAGCUCCAGCACCAGCUGUACCGGAGAAGAAACCCAAGAAGGAGACUCCUGAUGCUGCAGUGAGUCCUAUUGCUUCUACAACUACUACUCCCACUACUGCUGCUGCUGCAAAUACAUCCGGUGCGAUGAGUUGUGUGCAUAAUCAUGGGGCGAUUCUUGGAGUUCUUGGCAUAGUAGCUGCAAUUUUGUCUUUAUGAGAUGGAGAAAGAUGGUUUCUGGAUUUUGAUUCUUCCGAGUUGGAUUGAGUGAGUGGUAAUCAGCGCUGCGAGUGCUCUUGAAUAAUUGCCAUUUUCCUUCCAGUCCUUUUCGUUUUUUUUUUUUUUUUGAGAAGAUUUGAGUGUGAUUCUAUUAGAAUAGACGUUUGAUAUUUAUACCAUUUCCCUUUUCUUUUCAAAUUUCAUGGAUAUGCAAAUCUUUAAUAAACUUGAAGUCUACUUAAUCA